AAAGUAAAAAAAAAAAAAAAAAAAUGUUAUUCAAAUUUUGGUGACAGAAGUUCAAUACACUGACACACUGGAUUACAUCCUUCCUUCUCCAUAGAGUGAGGAAGUUUUUUUCCUCUCCCAGUUCCAAUUCCUCAAACUCCAUGGCGCAAAAGCUUCUCAACGACUCAGAGAAUGAUGAUAACAUUCUUAAGCAGUUGAAAGAUGGUACAGCAAAAUUUGAGAUUGUUUCUUCACCGGUUGCUUCAGUUGUUUCUCGAUUUAAUCGGAAUUCAAGCUUAUUUGGUGUUGGAAAUUGUAGUACUCACUUUUUCGCUAGAAUUGGUUCGUCAAUUGGUGGACAGUCUACAGCAAUGAAGAAACUUGAGCGUUUUUCAGUUCAGAAGGUUACAGGGGAUGGGAGGUGUCUGUUUCGUGCUCUGGUCAAAGGAAUGGCUCACAACAAGGGAAUGGCUCUUAACCAACGCGAGGAGAGAGAAAAUGCAGAUGAACUAAGAAUGGCAGUCAAAGAAGCUAUAUGUGAAAAUGUAGGAGAUCGCAAGUUAUAUGAAGAAGCCAUCAUUGCUGUCACGGUUGAUGAGCCUUUACAGCGUUACUGCAGGCGGAUUGGCCAACCUGAUUUCUGGGGAGGAGAAUCAGAACUACUGGUACUGUCAAAGUUAUGUAAGCAGCCAAUUAUUGUGUAUAUACCAGAGCAUGAGCAUAGAGGCGGUGGUUGGGGAUCUGGUUUCAUUCCGAUUGCCGAGUAUGGAAGUGAAUUUAAAAAGGGUUCUAGCAGAAAAGCUGUGCGGCUAUUGUUCAGCGGUAAAAACCAUUAUGACCUUCUGUUAUGAGGAUUUGUAUCGGCGAAGGAGGAAAAAGAACUAUAUCAUCAAUAUGAUUCUAGCCAUACUCAGAGUUUCACUUCUGUUUUUAAAACCUUGUUUUCCCAUGAGUGUAGAUACUCUCACAUUAAUUACCUUCCCAUUAGGGUAAUUAUCAUUUGAUAUUACUCUUGUAAUACAUUUGUCCCAAAUUGUAAGUUAGUUUGAUAAUUUAUAAUUGGGGUAAUAGUCAUUUUGGUACCAGAAUUUGUAA